GGGGACCCACAAUGCAGCUCGAGACAGCAGUGGAGCAGCUCCAGGCCCGCUGGCAUCGCUCUGCAGCCAGCCACCCUCCAUUGUCAGCCCUUGGGGCGCCAGGCCCUGCAUGGGGACACGCAGACAGAGCCAGGCCUGGCUUUAGGGGCUGUCCCCUGGGCUGGCUGCACGAGGGGGUGACACCUGGGGGCUCAGGUGGGCGGCAGGGCGCUGAGCCCCCGGCGGCUGGGGGAGAUGAGCUCGCAGGAUGAGCAGUUCCCAGCAGCAGCAGCAGCCCCCGAGGCAGCGGCCGCCUCCGCCGAUGAGGGCAUGACCUGGUGGUACAGGUGGCUCUGCAGGAUUGCCGGGGUCAUCGGGGGCAUGUCCUGUGCCUGUGCUGGUCUCUGGAACUGUGUCACCAUCAACCCCCUGAACAUCGCGGCCGGCGUGUGGAUGAUGCUCAACGCCUUCGUGCUGUUCCUGUGCGAGGCCCCUUUCUGCUGCCAGUUCAUCGAGUUCGCCAACGCCGUGUCCGCCAGGGCCGACCGCCUGCGGGCCUGGCAGAAAGCCGCCCUCUACUGCGGGAUGGCCGUGUUUCCUGUCGUGCUCAGCCUGACGCUGACCACGCUCUUCGGCAACGCCGUCGCCUUCGCCACCGGCGUGCUCUACGGUCUGUCGGCUCUUGGGAAGAAGGGAGAUGCCAUCUCCUAUGCCAGGAUCCACCAGCAGCAGAAGCAGAUGGAUGAGGAGAAGCUCACGGGGACCCUGGAGGGACAGGCUCUCUGAAGGACAGGAGCUCAGGUGGCAUCUCCUGGACACUGAGAUGGAGGAGACGUGGAAAUCCACUCUGCCCUUCCCUCUGUCCUCUCCACUCCUUCCUACACCACGAUUUCCCUGGAUGCUGCAGCAACUGGAAAUCUCAGGGGCUGGGGCAGGCUGUGUCCUCUCCUCACACCAGCAGCCAGACCUCAGCACGUCGCUCCUUCUCAACCCUCAACCCAACAUCUCACAGUGCCCCUCGUUUUUAAUCUUUUUUUUCUUCUUUUUGCUACAGAGGUGUUGGCCCUCUGAGUGCUGCUUUCCCAGCCUUUUUGGUGUUUUUUUGGAGUCCCCCUUUGGGGAGUGUCCUCUGGAUGGGUGAGGAGGGACAGAGGACCUGCCAGUGCAGGUUCCAUGAGUUUAGGAGAACUCCCUGGGAUGGCCCUUCUAGGUACAACACCUGACCCAGGGUUUGCAAAGCCCCCUGGUGCUUCAGCUUGGUCCUCUUCCAUUAUUUUAAUUAUGGGAUCAGGUACUGGAGGCACUGGGGAAAGGACUUCCAGCAAAAACCCACCUGAAGAUAAAAUCCACCCCAGAGCUGCUGGGCACAUCCUGGGACCUUCAAAGCACAAUCCGUGCUUCCUCUGGAUACAGCUGCAGGCAGUUACUGCAAUUUACUUAAAUUAUAAGAAUUAAUUACUUUGUCUUAAGAAGGGCACUUUUCUUAAGCCUCACUCUUUUACUGGGGUGGGAGGGAAACAAUAUUUGCUGUACCUCAGCUGAAAAGGAAGUUGUUUCUUGAGCCAAGUGGGAUUUUUGCUGGUGUGGGGGUCACUGAUGUGCAUUCCUGCCUCGUGAGCCUGGGACUCUGCUUUGUCACCUCCCUGCAUCCCUCUGGGAAGGGACCUGCUCUUUGCUUGCCUGGUACAGCCUUUGUCUUUGGGGUUGUGAUUUUUUGCAUCAGCCCCGAGCUGGUUUUGUAUGGGAAGGUGGCACAUCCUCCCUGUGCAAACAGAGGAGAGGCUGCACCGUUUCAGUGUGGGCAGCUGGGAUGUUUUACUUUGCUAUUCCAGGCUCUUUCUGUGGUUUUCACAUUGUAUUUUCUGUUUGCUUUGUACCAUGCAGUACAAAACUGCUCACUGAGUCCAGAUCCCCCUCUUCUCAUCAGUUCAUCCUGGGGAUUUUAAUUUAUUUGAUUUUUAUAUGGUCGCUUUUUGUUUUGAUUAGGAAAAGGGGGAAUAAUUUAUUUCUAGUUAUUUAAGUAUUUUGAUGGGGCUGAUUUUCUCUGAUACAGGAGAAAGGAGUGCUCUGUUUCCUGUCCUUCACAGGGCUGCCUCAAUUCACCAGGGGUCUCUGAACGCAGGGACAGCCCUGGCUGCUGCAAAUUCCAAUUUCAGCCUUCAGAGUGUUCCUCAGACACUUGGAAAAAAAGUGUGUUGUCCUUUGACCCCUUUGUCUUUUUCUGGGCCACAAGCUUGACAAACUGUGUUUCCCCCCUCUUCUGGGACAGAGAAGGGAGGAAAACUGGGCUGGGUUGGGACAGCCACCAGCACUGUGUGUCCCCAUUUGAAUCCUUGGGUACAGAGGGGCUGUGCUGUGGUCUCAGAAAUGCUGCUGGAGGCUGAGUGCUCUCUGUCAGAGGGGUCUGAAACCUCUCCUUGGACCCUGCCUUUCCUCAAGCUGCUCCUGUGGGCUGCUGCUUCUUCCCUGGAGCUCAGAGCUGUGAGGAUUCUCACCAGUCAGGAUUUCCAGAGGCCUCUGCAGCUGGGUGUGGGCACCCUUUUUGUGCAAAGCCACUUCCCCCCUGCCUUUGGACUGGGAUUUCUCCAACACUCCUUGUCUGGGAUGAAGAGCAGGCACCACCAGCCUGGAUUUUUUUCCUUAAAGGCAGCUUUUUUCCAUAAAAGCUGUGCUGGUUUGGAGCCCCCAGCCCUUGGCUGAUCCCUGGUGCUGAAUGCAAUGCACGGGCCAUUGCCCCACAGCCUCCUGCUGCCUGCAGGGAUGGGUGCUGCAGCAGGAAUUUGGGAUAUUCCAGCAGGAAUAACCUCUGGGUGGCUCAAGGGCAGAGCCCUGCCUCAGGAAUGGGCACCUGCUUUGAUUUCAGGGGGGUGUGGGACAUUCUGUAGUGUUUAGUAGAGGAAUGUUGCAGACUGAUGCAUGUCAAUGUCUCUGGUAGUGCCAGCUUUGCUCUGUGAGUAGUUCUGCUGUAGCUUGAGUGUCAGGAGAGCACAGCUCCAGGGCUGAGACCUCCAGGGUGCUCUGAGGAAGCACAGAACAUCUGGGACCCUCUCUGGCCUCGCCUGUCCCUCCUCCUGACGUGGCCCCUGGGGCUGGGGGAGGUGGGUGCUGCUCCAGGUCACCUGCAGGGCUCCUUGGCGUGGGCAGGGUCCACUCUGCUCCCUUGGAGCCCCAGCAGUGCUGUCACCGUGGGGUUUGUGCCUGGGGCUGAGGCAAGAGAAGAAUCUGCACUGAUCUGCCACCAUGAGCAGGUGGCAAAGCUCAGCCCCGAGCUGGAAAUGAGCCUCAGGGAACUCCCCUGGAAGAGCUGAGCUGGAGCCUUUGGCCACAGUGCUUGAAGUGUCUGUGCCUGUCACAGCUGCAGGUGGCUCAGAUCCGUGCUCCAAGGCUGGUUACUCCUACAGGAGCUGUCUGGAGUGGGAACCCUUGGGAAUUUGGGCUGUCUGGUGCAGUUUUGGAACCAAGCCAGACGCUGCCAUCGUUGCAGACAGGUUCGGUGACAGCACCUGUGGCUUGUGAGGGCUGCAGUGACAGCCAGUGCAUGGUCUCACCUCCGUGUGAGCCUGUUUGGUGGAGAUAGGGAGGAGCUUUAGAGUAGUAGCAUCCCCGUAGUUAAAUGCCAGUGCAUGGUGGUUGUUAGUUGUGUUUAGAGGCACCCUCGGGCUGCUUGGAGCUGUGCAAGGACAAAUGAAGUUCAAACCCUGCUCUGGAGGUUUCACAGGCUCAACCCAAGCCCUGCUGGGGGCAUCCAGGUGGGAUGGCUGAUCCACAGGGGCUCUGAGAAGCAGGUUCUGCUCUCCAGGCCGUGGAAAGGAGAUGCUGUGAGGGCUCAGGGGCGGGUGAGGACAGCAAAUUAUUGUCACCAAGAGUGGAAGGAGCAGUGGCCUGUCACACACCAGUCACCAGGGCAGCAUUUCUGCCACUCUUCCAUGGCUCUGCCACUCGUGCGUGUCCCCUGGGGCACCAAGAGCAGAGCAGAGCUCGCUGCCCCGGGCAGGAGCUGCUUGUGUAACACCCAUUGAUUCUCUGUGUGUGCAGUGAAUAAAAACACCAUUCUACCUCUGGGAAGAGCCACUGUGAUUUCUCAGACUCCAAAGGUUGCAGCAAAAGCCCUCGGGUUUGCUGUGCUGCACAAAGGAGGUCACUCAGAAAAUGCUCCUCCGGUGAGGUUCUCUCAGGAGCUGGAGUCCAACCUCAUUUCCUAGUGGGGCAUUUCCUCCUCAGGCUGAGCCCUGGGAAGCUCAAUUCAUCUCUGUCAUUUUUUUCCUCAGGAAAAAAACAUCCACUGUCUUCAGGGAAGGGUUUCAAUGAAGGGAAGAUAUCAAGACCUGGUCCAUAGCCAUGUGAGAAAGAGAAUGCUCGAGCACAGGGCUGCCAGAAACCCUGAUCUUCAGAAGGUCAGUGGAAACCAGAGGCUCUUGAGACCUCUCGUAGUCAGGCCAUGCUUAGAAAAAGUUGUGUUCCAGCCAGGGCUGAACAUCUUUCUGGAAAAGGGUCUCAGCAGCAAAGGGUAGGUUUAAUACUGAAUGUUUUCUGUGGGUUUUUUUUUUUUUAUUUUGGCCCACCACUCUCCCUCUGUCCUAGACUGUUUUAAAUUAAUGCUGUGAUAAAGCACAUCUUCUCUUGGGUGAUUUCUCAUCUCCUGCUGCAGGAGAUCAGAAUGGCAGCUGGCACAUCUGGAGGGCUGGCUCAACCCUGCUGUUUUACCCCUUCCUCCUUGUGACAGCAGGCUGAAUGUCCCAGGCGCAGCCCUCGGGGUGCCAAGUGCAUUUCAGGAGCUUGGGCACAGCUCAGCCUUUGUGCUUCUGCCCUUUUGGGAGGAGUCAGGCAGGACUAAGCAAGGCCAUUUGUUCCUCACAGCCAUAACCACUUCCUGCAGCCGUGUUUUACCUCGGGUUAGCUCUAAAAAACAAUUAUAAAAAAGUUCCUAAUCUCACAGGACACACAGGAAAGGGGUAAGACUGAUUUGCUACUAACUAUGCAGUUGAAAUCUCAAAGUGAUGGAGGUGGAGGCUCCUCCACCUCCCUCUUUAUGGGUGGGUCAAACCCCAGGGUGGGAAGGACCCACCCCAGCACAAAGUGUUGUCAGUUCUCACUGUGUCUUUUCCACAGGGAAUCACUUGCACUACAGCUGAAUGUUUGUCUGUUCCCAUUCUUUUGUGCUGGGUUUUCUUUGUGAACUGUAUUUGGUCUUGUUCAUUAGGCUUCUAGUGUAAUGUGUGUUUUUAGAGCAAUAAAACGUGGCAGCUUUUUAUACAAAA